AUGUCCUUUUCCUUCGAAAUCAAUCCACGACUUUUGACCGAUCUUCCUCCUCCUCCUCUACCAUCCCAUCAAGCUCUCCGCUCAGUCUAUGACUACCAACAGCAUCCACUCCUACCUCUUGAACAAGCUUGUCAACCCCUCCACGAUAUUCUCGGCAACGAACUACAACUCUACAUGACGAUCGCCAAACUCAACUGCCAACAGCCCAAACAAGGCCUCACACAAGAUGAAUCAGCAUCCAUCUAUUUGUACACAAUGGAAUGGAAUGAGCCACACCACAGUCUUCACGUUCUUCUCAAUCAAGCUCUUUCUUCUCUCGAUCCCAAUCAACUGCAACCUUGGCUCAACUAUCUCAAACUAUUCUACACAGCACUCUUCAAACUACCGUAUGCUGAGUGUGAUACACUGUGGCAUGGUGUGGCGAAGGACGUUGCUGAAGAGUUUCGCGAAGGAGAUGAAGUGACAUGGUGGUCGUUGACUUCGAUGACAUCUUCGUUUGAUGCUCUUCAGUCUCCGAUGUAUUUAGGAAGAGAAGAAGUGCAGACGGUGUUUUCGAUCGAGACGAAGUAUGGAAAGUCGAUUCGAGAGCACUCGCAUGUUCAGAAUGACGAUGAGAUAGUUCUUCUUUCUGGCGUAACGGUGAAAGUGAUUGGGUCGUCGAAGGGUGAAGACGGAAUUCAGAUAGUUCAGUUGCGUGAGGUUGACCUAGAUGGAGGUAACUUAGUGAACUCUUGUUCACCAAUAGAAGAAUACCAUAAUCCAAACCUUGAAAGAAUCAUUCGAUCGUUAGGAGAGCACGAACAUUUACUUUUAGAAUCGAUGAAUCUAAAUGAUCAAGAUAUGGAGAUUGUCGUCAAAUUAGCUCUAGUUGAAAAGAAUUGUGGGGCAAUCGAUCUUCGCAACAAUAGGAUAACAUCUGUGGGUGCAUCUAUCUUGGCUCAGGCACUUCCUGGACGUUAUUUUUUCUGUUUAAAAUUAGAUGAAAAUCGCAUACUGGAUGCAGGCGUUCAGUCGCUUGCUAAAGGAUUGGGAACUGAUAGAGGUGCUAUGAAAAUGCUUCACUUGAAUUCGGUAGGAAUGUCCGACGCUGGUUGCGAAUACCUGGCCGAAAUGCUACAAAGAAAUCCCUAUAACAUGUAUCUAACUUUAAACGACAAUGAUAUUAGCGAUCGAGGAGUUCGCAUAUUGCUUGAAACAAUAAUGUCUCCUGACUGCAAUACCUCACUUCUGACUUUGUCUGGCAACAAACGAAUAACUGAUGCAAGUGUUGACAUCAUCUGCUCUUCGAUGUUCGCACGCCAUUAUUUCCAGCAAAUGCAUGUGCGUAACUGUAGCUUUUCCAGUGCGGGCAAAGAGAAACUUCAGCUUGCAGCUCAACAACGUCGUGGUUUUACCAUUUAUGUGUAA